AUGACGCCUGUGAAUAACGACAUUGCUAUUGUGGGGCUCUCCUUUAGGCUUCCCCAAGGUGUGAACGAUGUGUCUAGCUUCUGGAACGCCCUCGAGACUAGGCGGGACUUGAUGACCGGCUGGCCAGAUUCACGCAUCAGUAAUGGCUCCUUUGAGUCAAACAGCGAGGGCAACGUUCAUUGUAGGGGAGGAUACUUUGUAAAAGAAGAUCCGGGUGCUUUUGACGCCCCCUUUUUCUCUCUCACAGCGAAAGAGGCAGCCUCUAUGGAUCCAAUGCAACGAUGGACUCUCGAGGCUACAUAUCAUGCUUUUGAAAAUGCUGGAAUCCCGGCGGAACGUUUCAGGGGCUCUCAGUGUGGGGUAUUUUCCGCUUCAAUGACGGAUGACUAUAAGCGAAUGAUUGCACAAGACCCUGACAAUGUACCUCGAAUGGCGGUGACAGGAACUUUUGCUUCAAUUCUGCCUAAUCGCGUCAGCUGGUAUUUCGAUUUACAUGGCCCGAGUAUUCAUGUUGAUACGGCCUGUUCAAGUAGCCUCUUAGCUCUUGAUCUUGCUUGCCAAGCUUUGAGAAGCGGCGAAGCCUCAUCUGCCGUAGUCACAGGGUCCAACCUGAUUUUAGGUCCUACCAUUUAUCAGAUGUUGUCUUCACUGAAUUUCUUAUCUCCAGACAGCCGUUGUUAUAGUUUCGACCAUCGUGCAAACGGGUAUGCUCGUGGGGAGGGGGUUGUAGCCCUUGUCCUAGAACCCUUAUGGGAUGCGGUACAGAACGGGGACAUGAUUCGAGCCGUAAUCAGGUCUACUGGGUCAAAUCAAGAUGGCCGCACACCAGGACUUACGCAACCUAGUCCCCAGGCACAAGAGGAAUUGAUCCGACGCGUUUACAAGAAGGCGGAUUUACCUUUUGGUGAGACGCGCUACUUCGAGGCUCAUGGUUGGUGCCCCUACGAUAAAUAUGUCGAAAAGAAAACUAAUGAUUUAGGAACGGGGACGCCUGUUGGAGACCCCAUGGAGAUGAAAGCUAUAGGAAAAGUAUUCAGGUCCAGUCGUUCGGCCGAAGACCCGAUUUAUGUGGGAUCAGUCAAAACGAAUAUAGGACAUCUUGAAGGAAGCAGUGGCCUGGCUGGGGUUCUUAAGUGCAUUUUGAUCCUUGAAAAGGGUAUUAUACCAGCAAAUGCAAAUUUUGAAAAAAUUAACCCGAACAUUGAUGUAGACUUUUAUCAUAUCAAGGUUCCUAGCGAGAAUAUUCCUUGGCCCUGUGAAGGUGUUCGCCGCGUUUCGGUAAAUUCAUUUGGGUUCGGGGGGUCAAACGCUCAUGUAAUCCUAGAUGAUGCAUUCCAUUAUCUGCAGGACCGGAGGUUGAUUGGAAAUCACUGCACUGUCGCCUCCCGUAGUAUGAAUGGCCUGCCUAUUUCUAACGGGACUUCCUACACUAAUGGAGUUCUAAAAGCAAACGGAGUCGUGAAGAAAGCGACGAAUGGCAAUACCAACGGAAAUGGGGGCCCGCAUAGCAAUGGAAACUACUCUGCUUUCACGACAAAGUUACUCGUCUGGUCUGCUGCAGACGAGAAGGCACUCAAGCGCAUGAUUGAAGAAUAUCGGGACUUUUAUAAAGGUCAAGUUUUGAACAGCCUGGGUAGACUUGACGACCUAGCUUUCACUUUAUCCACUCGUCGAAGUCACAUGCUAUGGCGGACAUUCGCCGUCGCUGGGGAUGGACCACACAAUCGGGACGUUGACCUCGAGAUCUCGACCUUAGUACGAAGCUCUGCCGAGGUCGGUGUGGCUUUCGUGUUUACCGGACAGGGCGCACAAUAUGCGGAUAUGGGUUCGGGCCUUCUCAAAUAUCCUCUGUUCGAAGCAACUCUGCACCAAAUCGAGAAGAUAUAUCAUGGUUUGGGAUGCAAAUGGUCCGUCUUUGAUGAACUGCAUAACGAAAUGCACAUCGAUCGCCCCGAGUAUAGCCAACCCCUUUCUACUGCUAUUCAGAUAGGGUUAAUCGAGCUGCUGAAGAGUUUCGGCAUUAACCCCAAAGCAGUAGUUGGGCAUUCGUCUGGAGAAAUCGCUGCAGCUUAUGCGAUCGGUGCUCUAUCAUUACCGUCAGCUUGCAAGGUGUCCUACAUCAGAGGGCAACUAGCUGGCAAACUCAAAGCGGCGAGUUCUUCCCCAGAAUGUAUGAUAUCGGUGAACCUCCCAGAGGACGAGGUACAAGGUUAUCUGCGAAAUAUCAGCGCCGAGGUGUCGGGCGAAAUUAGUAUUGCUUGUAUCAACAGCCCGUUGAAUUGCACCCUCGCUGGCAAAGAGAGCGCCAUUGACAUUGCCAAGAAGCAAUUCGAUGAAGACGGAAUCUUCGCCCAGAAACUUAAAACAGGCGUCGCGUAUCACUCGCCAUCUAUGUCUCGGAUCGCCGAAGAUUAUUUGCGUCAAAUGGGAUCUCUUGAUAGUGGUAAUAUCAAGAAUGUCAAAUCAUCAAUCCCGAUGGUAUCAUCUGUUACCGGCCAAACCAUACGGCCGGCUGUCUUAGGGACUCCGCAGUAUUGGGUCGAUAAUAUGGUAUCACCCGUUAUGUUUUCCGAUGCGAUACAUCUUCUCACGCAAAAGACGCCGACGUUGAAGGUGGGCAUAGGGAACAUCACAGAUCUAAUCGAAGUGGGUCCUCACCCUGCGUUGCGUAGACCAAUUCAGGAUACGCUCGCAAAGGAGGGGAAUAAGAAGCAGCAGAUCCGGUACACUUACGCUUUGCAUCGGACCUAUCCCGAAGUCCAGACUAUUUUGGAGCUCGUCGGAAGACUCCACUGCCACGGACAUGAAGUUUCUAUCCCGGAUGCAAACCAAGGGGUAUCCAAUCUAGCGCCCCGUCGUUUCUUGGUCAACUGCCCUGAAUACCCUUUUGACCACUCAAAGACAUACUGGGCCGAGUCCCGCCUCAGUCGGGACUUCAGAUUACGCAAGAGCGUCGAAGGCGAAACCUUGGGGGCCAGGUCUUUCGAUUGGAAUCCCCUUGAACCAAGAUGGAGAAAUUUCCUUAGUAUUGAAACCAUGCCUUGGAUAGGUGACCAUGUUAUUAGUGGCACUGUGAUUUAUCCUGCGGCGGGAAUGCUGGUUAUGGCAAUGGAAGCGGUGCGACAUAUGUGUUCUGACACUCGCCUUAUCUCCGGGUACUAUAUCAAAGAGGCCCAUUUUGUGAGUCCCAUCUUGGUCAAAGAGGCUUGGGAGGAUAAAACGGAGACCAUGCUCCAUUUACAUCCGAUUAAGAUGCCACAAGAGAAAGAAUCGAGUUGGUCGGAUGUUACGAUAUAUGCAUAUCGCAACGAUAACUGGACUGAAUGUUUCAACGCCAGAAUCCAAGUGGAGCUUGGGGGAAAGGAUCUUCUCGAGGAACGCCGACGUAGUCACAAGCUCGUCGCUGAUCAGUUCAUCGAAGCAGAAGAAUCCUGCACGAGACCAAUUGAUUCGCAAAUGUUCUAUGAGGAUGCUAUCGACCACGGGUUGGGAUAUGGAGAGGCGUUCCAGGUGGUAGAAGAUAUCCAGUGGGACGGCAAAACCAGCACUAUCGCCCGCGUCGACAUUUCCAAAUGGAAGACUACCAGCCUCGUUCACCCCGUAGUGCUGGACUCCGCUUUACAUGUGUUGUGCGUCAGUACCACCCUAGGCCUAUCUUUGUCGAACGCGACGAAUGUUCCUGUGCAACUUUUCAACGGGUGGUUUUCGCCUUCCGGAUGGCAACAGCCCCAUACGCAUUCCAUUCGGUAUCUAGCUACUUCGAAUGUCAGAGGUAGUCGAGAGAGUGAGGAGGGGUCUGUUUAUGCUAUAGCCGAUGAUGGCUCGAUCCUAUGUGCGAUGCGAAGAUUGAUGACUGCGGCCGUAUCAAAGAAGACUGAAAACCAACCUCCCAGAAAACUGCUGCAUAGGAUCGACUGGAAACCUCAAUUAAGUUUGAUGGAACCACAUCAGUUGGUGUCUACCGUCGGCGCCGACACCUAUGUCAGGGAUGAAAAUGAUAUGAUGCUUCGAAACCAAAAACUAAAAUUCGUUCUAGAUAGAGUCGCUUGCAGAACAGUAAAACUACUGUCCGGAGAAAAUCGCGAAAAAGUCCCGGAGUCCCAAAAGAGGCAUAUAGAAUGGCUAGAACGCUAUGUAAAGUCAUUAGAUGCAUCGCGCGCGACCGAAGAUGUCAACGAGGUUGAGAUCGAGGGCCUUUUGCAAGAGAUCGAAACUAUCCACCCCCCUUGGAAGUUGCACACGACGGUUGUCCGUCACUUAACGGAUAUUCUCACCGGUGUUGUAGACCCGCUUGAAAUUAUCUUCGGUUCGGAUAUCGCCGACGUAUUUUAUGCGGAUAUGUUCGAGCACGUAUGCGAUGAUCGUAUGUCGAAGUUUUUGGACCUUGCCACGCACGAGAACCCGACUCUCCGGAUACUUGAGGUCGGAGCAGGCACGGGUGGAAUGACAUCGCGCGUCUUAGCGGCCCUCCAAGAGCUUGAGAAGAGGAAUGGAGGAUUGAGGUUCUCUGAAUACACCUAUACGGACGUGUCGCCUGCUUUCUUUGAAAAAGCUUCCGCCCGUUGGGAUAGUAUUAAAGAAAGGGUGACCUUUAAAACGUUCGACAUGAAGCGUAGCCCUGAAAGCCAAGGCUUCGAUCCGAGUUCGUAUGAUUUGGUGGUCGCCGGAAGUGUUCUGCACGCCACGGAAGAUCUGUUGGCAACGAUGAAGAACGUGCGCAAACUUCUUAAGGAAACAGGACAUCUCCUUCUAUUAGAGGUUGUCGCAACUGAGGACAUCGCCACGAAUUUCACAUUCGGUCUGGUGCCGGGAUGGUGGGGCCGAAGAGAAGAAUGGCGGGGGUCGUCACCUGGAUUACCUGAGAAGCAGUGGGAUGAAGUCCUGAGAUGGACAGGGUUCAGUGGAAAUGAACUCAUCCUCAGAGAUUACCCAAGCGAUGCUUGCCAUAUUUUCAGCAUCAUUGUAUCAAAAGCCGUACAGCAAGCACCGGACCCACCCAAGGACGAACCCAAGCUUGUUUUAAUCGUUGAUGAAUCGGACGAACAGACUAAGAUAGCCAGCUCAAUUCAGGAUACUCUAGCCAUAUCACAAAAAAAGCAGAGUCGAAUCAUUCCUAUUGAUCGGAUCGGGUCGGCGAAUUUAUCUAAAAGUGAUAUCGUGGUUUGCAUUAUUGAGAUGAGCAAGCCUUUCCUUGCGACGUUAACUGAGGAGAGGUUCGGGUCGCUUCAAGAGUUUUUAAGGAUGACGCAGAAAUUGCUGUGGGUUACUUUGACGAGCCCGGAAGAUGAAGAAUACUCGCAGUAUAGCGUCGUAGGGGGUUGCUUAAGAUCCCUUAGGCAUGAGGAAGGUGACAAACAUAUCGUUACGCUUGCGAUUGAGUACCAAGGGGAGACCAAAGCAGAGUAUGUGCAGUAUAUCGCUAAGGCAUACAGAGCCUCUUUCGAAUCGCAAUCAGAAGAGCUUGAGUAUAUUGUCCGCAAAGGCCAGUUCACUACAGGCAGGGUCGCGGAAGACAUCCCUGGUAAUCAGACGCUACAGUCUCUCCUACACCCGCAGGUACAGCACAAACCGCUUUCACAAGGGCCGGCGUUGAAACUCGAUGUCGACGAGCCGGGGAAAUUCGAGUCGUUACACCUUGUGGAAGAUGCUAAACAAAUGGAAUUUCUACCACAUGAGGUAGAGAUCGAGGCUAAGUCAUGGAGUCUAGAUCAAAAUGUGCUGGGUCCACUGGGCGACAAGGGAAUGGGCCUUGUAUGUUCUGGCAUUGUGACUAGAGUAUUUCGCAACUAUGAUCCAGAUAUUCAAGUUGGGGAUCGAGUAUGUAUGGUUUCGGCAGGCUGUAUGCGGACGCAUCCGCGUGCGCUUGACAAAUGUGUGGUCAAAAUUCCCGAUGGCUUAUCAUUCGAGGCUGCCGCGUCAGCCUUGAUCCCUGGAAUGACAGCACACCAUUCUAUCGAUAUCGCCCGACUUGAAGAGGGUGAAAAGAUCCUUAUUCAUUCGGCCGCCAGCAGUACAGGUCAGAUGGCGAUCGGGAUAGCCAACGCGAGAGGGGCCGAGAUCUUUGCUACUGUCGGAAGCGACAAAGAAAGACAACUCCUCAAGAAAAUUUAUCACCUGUCGGACGAUCAUAUCUUAAGCAGUCGUGACAACUCGUUCGCGCUAGGGGUUUCGCGGAUGACGAACGGAUAUGGUGUUGAUGUCGCCUUGAGUUCGUUAUCGGGGGAGAGUCUAUCGUUAACUUGGGAGUGUAUAGCUUCGUUUGGGCGAGUUGUGGAUUUAACCGCAAUUAAUGUCAAAGCGAAUUUGCCGUUAUCCACGGCUAGUUUCGUGAAGAAUGUCAGCUACUCAGCUGUUGACUUGCACCAUAUUAUCAUCGAAAACCCGGGGCUUACGUCGAAACUCCUUAGAGCCGCCGUCAAUCUCUUAGCCGAAGGUAUCAUCGAACCGCCCAGAUCAUUACGCGUAUACCCCAUAUCAAGGAUUCAUCAGGCGUUUGGUUACUAUCAAGAAAGUAAGGGUGCAGGAAAUGUUGUCCUAAAUAUUAAAUCUUCCGAUACAGUCCCACAACAUCUUGUAGAACUGCGACCGUGGAAAUUUGACGAAAAUGCGACAUAUGUGAUUGCAGGGGGGUCUGGCGGCCUCGGUCGUGCUAUUAUGGAGUGGAUGGCUGAGAGGGGCGGAAAACACUUUAUUGUGCCAUCCAGGUCCGGAAACUCCAAGGCAGCAAUCGCAGAACUCAUAUCGAGAUUGAGGAAACGCGGCGUGGAAGUGUUAGCCCCUAAAUGCGAUGUAUCAUCAGCCGAAUCCCUUGGCCGUAUACUCGAGGAAUGCUCGCAUACGAUGCCACCGAUAAAGGGGUGUAUCAACGCAGCUAUGGUCCUUCAAGACGCCGCGUUCAAUACUAUGAAAUACUCGCAAUGGGAUAUCACGAUGAAGUCAAAAGUUCAGUCAUCUAUCAACUUGCACAAACUCUUGCCCAAGCAUCUUGACUUCUUCAUUCUCCUAUCCUCUCUGAACGGCGUCUGUGGGGCCUUGGCACAAUCUAAUUAUGCCGGGGGCUGUUCUUUUCAGGAUGCGCUCGCACGGUAUCGCGUUGCACAGGGUCAGAAGGGAGUCUCAAUGGAUAUUGGAUGGAUGCGAAAUAUCGGUAUCGUUGCGGAAACGCAAUUAUACCAGCGUCAACGAAAGAGCUGGGACGAUAUGGAAAGGAUUGACGGAAAAGAGUUACUAGCCUUAUUGACAGUGCUUUGCGACCCUUCGACACGGCAAAUGGAUAGCCAGGUUCUUUUCGGAUUACGUACACCAGCCCAUUUCCUAACCAAAGGUCAAAUACCCCCACCAUUACUCACGAGACCCCUGUUCGCACCGUUCUCUCAUAUUAUUGGGGAGGUCAAAAACACCUCAAGAGAUAGGGGCGUGGAUGUAGUAGCCGCUUUUAGGGAAGCAACGGAUACAGGCGAACGAAUCCAAAUCGUUAUUCGAGCAUUGACUCAGAAGUUGGCACGUUCUAUGGAAAUAUCACCCGACGACGUAGAACUUAACAAGCCUCUUUCAAGCUAUGGUGUCGACUCCCUCAUGGCCCUUGAACUACGAAACUGGAUCGGCCGGGACUUUCAAGCCAGCGUUGCUGUUUUCGACAUCAUGGGGACCGUGCCGAUUGCUGCUAUUGGGGACUCGAUAGUGGCUAAAAGUUCUGUCGGGAAGGGUUGGGAGUGAAGAAUUCUCGAAAUUGCUUUUGAUGGCGUGACGAUCUUUACCCCCACCAUACUUCAGCCACUGACGGCUACAUUCUCAUAAUCACCUCUCUCAGGCCAGCAUCUUCAUAAUUGUUCAAUACCUACAAUUAAUUUACAAAACUACAUCGAGUUUCUUCAUCAAUGUUCUCGCCAAGUCUUUGAGGCUCAUGGAUCAAUGUUCCAUAUACGAAUACGAAGGUAGGUGCGAUGUAUUACAUACCGAAAUAGGAAAAAUCGCAUUCUCAUUCUGUAUUGUGAUUGGUUCCGCUACGAAAGAAGUAGAAAAGCAUACAUGUGUUAACUUUAAAUACCUAUACCUUAGGUAGGUAACAUCAAAGCAAUCAAUAUUUUGACAAUCCCGUCUACCAGGAUAAUAGCCAGGGAAGUAUUACCAAUUAUAUGCGCAGCAUAAAGCAAGCUCAAGUUAUCUG